GCGCGCGCGCUCAUUUCAGCAGCUCGCUGCUGUGUGUUUGUGUGUGUGUGUGUGUGUGUGUGUGUGUUCUUAUUAGUAUGGAUCUCUCUUAUCAAGCCAUAAGGACUGCUAAUCAGGCCAGAGAGGCGGAGGAACUCAGAACAGAGACGCGCAGGAGAAAUUUACUGGUUUUGAUUUAUCAUCAUUUAAUGGAGGAGGGGUAUAUGGAUUCAGCUAAAGCCUUAGAAAAAGAAAGCAGUUUUGCUUUAUGCCGUUUUGAGGUGUGUGAUAAUGUUGACCUGGAGACCGUUCUUCUGGAAUAUGAGAGUUAUUAUUUAGUAAAGUUUCAGAAAUAUCCCAAACUGACAAAGAAACUGACAGAACAAGGAGAGGGUCGGCUAGUAAAGAGCUGUGGUAAAAGAAGGACGUCAUCAUCCAGUCACACACUCCCAAAAAUCAGCUCCGUCCAGCGACCUCCAUCCAGAAACACUGUUAAAAAGACUGAAUCUAAAGUAACAGGAAGAGACUCCAGCAAAUCCAGUGAAGGAGAGUGGCUGACGCCUGCGGGCGCAUCAGGGUUUGGUCUGAACGUGUCUCCUCUCAUCAGGACCGGGGCAGAAGAGGGGACACACAUGAGAAAGGUUGAUUACAGGAGUCUGAUUCCUGAUGCAGUUAAAGACUCAGUCCUGCCCUGCACAGAUCUCUCAGAGCGUUUGCUGAAACCCAUAAGUGCCUUCACUGGGAUGAACAGUGACAUGAGGGAACUUGCAGCGGUUAUUAGCAGAGAUAUCUAUUUACACAACCCCAACGUGCGCUGGGACGACAUUAUAGGCCUGGAGGCUGCCAAGCGAUUAGUCAAAGAAGCUGUCGUCUACCCCAUUAAGUAUCCGCAGCUGUUCACUGGAAUUCUGGCACCAUGGAAGGGUUUACUCCUGUAUGGACCGCCAGGCACAGGAAAGACGAUGCUGGCCAAAGCUGUGGCCACGGAGUGCAACACAACAUUUUUCAACAUCUCUGCAUCCAGUAUUGUCAGCAAAUGGAGGGGAGACUCUGAGAAGCUGGUUCGGGUUUUGUUUGAGCUGGCAAGAUAUCACGCUCCAUCCACCAUUUUCUUGGAUGAGCUGGAAUCAGUGAUGAGCCAGCGAGGGGUUGGCCAAGGAGGUGAUCAUGAGGGCAGUAGAAGGAUGAAGACGGAGUUACUAGUUCAGAUGGAUGGACUGGCACGAUCAAACGAUCUUGUCUUUGUGCUUGCUGCCUCAAACUUACCUUGGGAGUUGGACCAUGCCAUGCUGAGAAGACUGGAGAAGCGUAUACUGGUGGGUCUGCCAUCUGCCCCUGCCAGACAAGCCAUGAUCAGUCAUUGGCUGCCUCAAGUUAGUAACACAGGGGGGGUGGAGCUACGGACAGAGCUGGACUAUGACUCACUGGCACAGAGGACAGGAGGUUACUCUGGGUCAGAUAUCAGGUUGGUGUGUAAGGAGGCGGCUAUGAGACCUGUGCGAAAAAUCUUUGAUGCCCUUGAAAAUCACAUUGAAGGUCAGUCCAAUAUGCCUGUUAUUGAACUAGAAACUGUGACCACAGCAGAUUUCCUGGAGGUGAUUGCUCACACCAAACCGUCAGCCAGAUGUCUGAUGGAUAGAUACUCAGCCUGGGAGCAAGAGUACGAAUCUGUCUGACACAUGAUCUCAGUAUAACACAAGGACCGUUAUUACAGCAACCGACACGUUUUCAGCGCACUACUACCUACUCUAUUUAUAAUGACAUGCUGUGUUUCUCACUAGAAAAACCUUUUAAAGGAAAUAUUAAAAACGAUUUUCAACUACA